GUGUUUCAGAGUGUUUCAGAGUCUGUCAGAGUGUUUCAGAGUCAGUCAGAGUGUUUCAGAGUCUGUCCGAGUGAUGAUGAAGACGAUGAUGAAGUCGAUGAAGAUGUCGGAGCUGCUCCUCAUCCUCUCCUGCGUCCUCUGUGUCUCCUUCUGUGCAAAAGAUCUAUAUGAGGAUCUUCAGAUCGCCGGAUGUUCAGAUUCUGAUGGAGAGGAGAUGUACACACUGGAGGGUGAAGAGUUGUGGUACGCAGACUUCAAGAAGAACAGAGGAGUUUACCCUCUGCCCGACUUUUCAAAUAGUUUCAGGUACGAGGAUGGAACUUAUGACACAGCUGUGGCUAAUCAACAGAUCUGCAAAGAUAAUCUGAAGAAGGUUCGUAAUGCAAUGAAAGACAUCCCACUGGAAUCUGAUCCUCCUUCUGGUCACACCCUCUACUCCAGAGACGAGGUGGAGCUCGGAGUCCAGAACACACUGAUCUGUCAUGUGACCGGUUUCUUUCCUGCUCCUGUUAAAGUCUACUGGACCAAGAACGGAAAGAACGUGACCGAAGGAACCAGCAUCAAUGUUCCUUACCCCAACAAAGACGGUUCCUACAGCCAGUCCUCCAGACUGGAGUUCACCCCACAGCAGGGAGACAUGUACAGCUGUUCAGUGUCACACCCAACACUGAGCCAACCACUGACCAGGAUCUGGGAUGUGGAGGUGCAGCAGCCAGGUGUUGGACCUGCAGUGUUUUGUGGACUGGGUCUGACUAUCGGUCUGCUCGGUGUGGCAGCUGGAACCUUCUUCCUCAUCAAAGGAAACGAGUGCAGCUGAUUGGCUGUGGCUGAUGAUGUUAAUAAUUAAUGAGUAUAAACUAAUCAGUUAUUGGUAGAAGUUAAACAGCUUCUAUCACUGUAUGUGUUUAAUCAUUACAUUCAUCAUUUGCUCA